GGACACACUCGGAGAUAAUGGGCGUGCUCGGCUGUGGUGCGUCUCAACCGGCGGUACAAUCGGAUGAUCCCGGGCGGGCGGAGCCAAGUAGGAGGAAAUGGUUCAGUUGGCUGGCUGCUCCCAAGAAAACCGGCGACGAGCAUCCGUACCCGGCAGUUUGACUGUGCGUCUUCGCUGCUUCAAAUUUCACCGUCACCGCAACAGCCUUCGAGCAAGACAAACCUCACUCAUUCACCAACAAGCACACCAGCCUUUAGCGACUCCAUAAACCAAGCAGCACUUUGUAUGCCGCAAUUUCUAGGACAUAUCUGAAGGGUUCGGAGCUUAGCGUUGGAGAUAAACGGCCGCUGCAGGAUGGAGACGCAGAUACACGUGCCUGUCGGGUCGCCGGUAAUUCGAAAAAUCCCCAUUUUCGUGGACGAACACAACGUGACGGAGGGCGCGAUGAAGCUCAUUAAGGAGCUGAGACCGGCGUGGGACUCGAGCGACGUCAGGACCAAGCUCUUCACCGACGGAACCACCAACAAGCUUGUGGGCUGCUACGUGGAGGACAGUCCAGAGGAUGUGGUCCUGGUCCGGGUAUACGGGCACAAGACCGAGCUGAUUGUAGACCGAGACAACGAGCUCAAGAGCUUUCAGGUGCUACAUGCUAACGGUUGCGCCCCUCGCCUCUACUGCACCUUUCAGAACGGCAUCUGCUACGAGUUCAUGCAGGGGGACGCCCUCGGGACGCAGGACGUCAGGGAUCCUUCCUUGCUCAGACUGAUAGCCAGGGAGAUGGCUCGUAUCCACGGCAUCCAUGCACACAACGGCUGCAUCCCCAAACCCAACCUCUGGAUCAAGAUGCGAAAAUACUUCUCCCUUGUGGCCACGGAGUUCACCGACCAGGCCUCCAACGUUAGAAUCCAGCAGGAGGUUCCCAGUAAGGUGGUGCUGGAGCAGGAGAUGGCGUGGAUGAAGGAGCAUCUCUCCAAUCUGGGCUCCCCCGUGGUGCUCUGCCACAAUGACCUGCUCUGCAAGAACAUCAUCCAAAAUGAAAAAGAGGGUCACGUUCGCUUCAUCGACUACGAGUACUCCAGCUACAACUACCAGGCCUUCGACAUCGGCAACCACUUCAAUGAAUUUGCAGGAAUGGCGGAGCUGGACUACGGUCUGUACCCCAGUCGGGAGAUGCAGAUGGACUGGCUCAAAGUGUACCUGGAGGCAUACAAACUCUUCACCAAGAAAACGGAGGAGGUCAGCCCGCGAGAGCUGGAGACGCUCUACGUGCAGGUCAACAAGUUUGCUCUGGCUUCUCACUUCUUUUGGGGCUUCUGGGCGCUCAUCCAGGCCAAGUACUCCACCAUCGACUUUGACUUCCUCGGGUACGCCGUGCUGCGUUUCAACCAGUACUUCAAGACCAAACCUGCGGUCAUGGCCCUGCAGAUCCCAGAAUGAGAAGAGACAGCGAGAAGACAGGAGGGAGGGUGUAACAGGUUGUUGUUGUGUUGUUUUUAACGCUGGGAACUCUUCUCGGCGCGGGCCAGCUGCUGACGGACCGCUGCCCGGUCUGCGCAGGCAUCCUGUCUUUCUUUCUUCAAUGAGCAGCGGCCGCCUCUUCGUCGCUCCAACUUAGCGCCGCGUCUGUCCCAGUGCUAGCUCGAGAAUGAUAGAACGUCCGUGGGGUUCCGCGUGUGUGAGAGGGAGUGUAUGUCGUGCGUAUGUUUGUGUAUCGUAAUUUACCCCGGCGUCUUGCAAUUCCGUCUUUGGUGCAACUGAACAAGGCGUCGUGAGCGCAGCCGUCUUAAGUUUAGGGUCGAGGCGCCCUUCGUGUCCCGAUGCUCUGGCCCCCAAAAUGGUCCGCAACGCCCGGUAAUGAAGGUGAAAAGAGGGACGGACGCCUAAAGAGGAGUUUGAUGCCGACACUGACAGAUAGCCUGUUCUGCAUAUAUCUAUGGCUCAAUGCCAUGGCCUCAUUAUGGUUAGAAACUAGGAUUCUUUCGUGUGUGUGUGUGUGUGUGUGUGUGUGUGUGUGUGUGUGUGUGUG